GGGUAGGGUUAGGGUGGGCCUGGUCAGCAGAAGCCGGGUCCACAGUGGUCAGGCCUCGGACCCCCAGCUGCCCGGCCUCCGUGAGGGCCAACUUUACCUUUUCUUAUCUCAGAAAAAUCUUACGCAAAUUAUUUAACCGAAUUAUCCCCCAACAGAUCCAGGUAGAUCUUCCCAGUUCCCGUUAAGGACAGAGGGACCUCGGCAACUUCUCUGGCCCAGAUUGUGUUUGGCCUGUCUGGCCCCCUAGGCUGGAAGGAAUUGACCUGUGGCGGCUACUCCUGCCUCCCCAAGACCCCAGGCAUCCCCCGAAGGGCGCCCCACCCCUUGAAGUGUUACCCGGUGGCCCCUCUAAAGUCCUCCGAUGACCCUGAAGGGCCCCACGUGUCACCUCGAAAAUCCUGCAUUGUCCCUAGAAGGGUCCUAGGUAGCCCAGCUUGGAGGGAGGGGGCUUCACACAGGCUGCCCCAUCUUAGAGACUAGAGGGGGGCGGCCCAGGUGCUCUCAGACCCUGGACAGAAGAUAGGCAGUUCCCUCUCUGCUCUCUGCAAUAUGGAGGAGUUUAAAUUCUUAACUCGGCCAUAGCCCAAGGUAGCCAUGACUCCCACCCUGUGUCCCCUUGGGGCCCAAGUGACCCCUGGGGCAGCCAGAUGGGCCCAGGUGGGGGUGGGGUGGCCUCAGCCAAGGCCACUGGGUCUGUACCGAGAGACAGGAACUGCUCGUAAUGAUGAGAUUUGCUCUUGCUUUCAGAUUUCUCUAGGGAGGGAUACAAUGAGUAAGAGGAAGAAGCUUCGGACCUCAGGAGGGGAAGGAAUCCGUCCUCCAAAACUUCCAAAGAACCCAAGGUUAGGAGACUCUGACGGGGACCCCCAGAGUUCCAAGUUGGGCCAUUGGCAUCACCCUGAAGAGACAGAAAGCAGAUCAGGACCCGCUCCCUCUGCAGAGCAGAGCAGGGAGGCACCAGGACAGGCAGCUUCCAGCUCUCCUUAUGAGGAAGCAGGAGCUCCCUCCAGGCUCCUCGGGCAGCCAGAAAAAGAGCCAGUUCGCCUUCCUCCUUCCCAGAACUCAGUCGGGAGGUUUGUCCCCCAGUUUACAAAACCCAGGAAGACAGUGACAGGACGAGCAGAGAGGAGGGAGGAGGACCCCAGGAGUGGGGCCUUCAGCUUGGAAACGCUGCCAGAACCCAGUGCCCAGCAGGCCAGAAGCCAGCCUCGAGAGGAGUCCCCAGGGCUUGCCCUGCAGGAGACUAGGGACCCAGGAGACCAGACCCAGGCAGACGGCGCCUGCCCCGAGCCCAGCGGCCAAAACCCUGUGACACCUGUGCCUGGCGAUGGGGAUCCUCAGCCCUUGGCCUCCAGCAUUGCCUCUCUGGAGUGGGGGACAGUGCCCUCGGCCUCAGAGAGGGCCAGCCAGGACCACCUGUCAAAGCAUGGGACCAACGUGCCAGAUGGUGGAAGCACGGAGGAGGGUUGGGUUCCAGGUGAUCAUGGCCAGAAAGGGCACCUGCCAGGCAGUGAUGCUGAAGAGGAGCCAGACCAAGGAGCCCCUCAGGAGGGAGGUGUCCGAGGGGAAGCAGGAACUGAGCUGCCUGAGGAGUGCCAGGAGGAAGAAGAUGGCAUCCUGGGCCCAGAGCCCAGAUAUGCAGCCCAGGGCCCUCCUGGGCCUCUGCAGAUGCCCAGCUGGACUGGCGGGGGAGCAGAGGGGAGCUAUAGCAGCCCAAGGUGCUCCCGCCUUGGGGCUGUUGUCAUCGCAGGUGUGAGCACAGACGCCACGGAGCCAGAACAGAGGGCUCUGGGGGUGGCUGGGCCAGAUGGGACAGUCAACGCCAGGGUGACUGCCUCUCCCAGUGGGAAGGCUCCUGAUGGAGGCCACAGCAGGGCCCUGAUCGGGUGCAUGCCUCUCAAUGGGGAGACCACAGGAGGCAGAGAGAAGGCAAGGCGGGAAGACAAGCCCCCUGAUGAUGUCCCGGGGGGCCUUGCAGCCUCCCUGGCUCCGGCUCACGAGAUCCAAGAACCCACAAUAGGUGCUGGGGAUUCCAGCCCUUUAGCUUUGAAAAUGGGUCCAGGUGUGGGUCAGACACAGGUACCAGGCCCAGAUGAAGAAGGGCUGGGAGGUAUGUGCUUGCUGCCUUUGCUAUCGCAACCUGUGGGUAAAAAGGCAGCUGAGUUAGGGAGCCAUAGCCACAAACAAGACCUCAAGGGGCGCAGUUUGUCCCUCGGAGCCUGUGCUCCACCAGUGUACAGAGAAGCAGUGGACGGCCCUCCCCAGGAUGCUGGGGCACGUCAGGGCAGCCCAGAUGCCCACACAAGCCCAGCAGGCCAGCCUGAGCACCCUGCUGACUCUUCAGAGCAGGCUGUCUGGGAGGGGUCCUCAGCCAUGGAACUCUACUUCCUGCCGGACAGCCAGACACAGGAUGCCCUGGAAGCCCCUGGUUUUGAAGCCCCACCUGAACAGUUGUCUCCUGCAGGGAGCGGGCUGGACCCUUGCUGGCCUGGCACCAGCCCACGUGCCGAUGGAGGCUCCCUUGCUGAGGCCCAGCCAAGGACCCGAAUGGGGAUCAAGACCUGCGAAGCCGCCAGGAUGGAGGAUGCAACAGACACCGUGCGAGGCCUCGUCAUCGAGCUCUCCAACCUGAACCGGCUGAUCAUGAGCGCCCACCGGGACCUGGAGGCCUUCAAGCGCCUCAACUACUACCAGAAAGCAAAGCCGGCGGGGAAGGCCCCUGCAGCCUACACACCAAAGGGGGCUGGGAAUCUCCCUCGAGGGGAGCAGUCCUGGAGGGACUCGUAGGUGUGUGUGCUCGUACGAGCUCACGGGCCCCCAGAAGUGCCUGAUGUUCCUGCCAGACAGCUGGAAACAAUCCCUCAGCAGACUCCGGAAAGCCUGCUGGCCCCUGUGUGCCCCCUGUUAUAUUGUUACCAUCCGAGAUGCUCCAGCAAGUCCUGGUGGGCCCCAGAAACCUCCCCUCAGCUGACCUGGAAGUCAACUUCCUAUGGGAAACAGAAAAGGCCCUGCCUUCCUCAGCAGCCUCCCUCGGGGGGUCGCGUGGGGGAGGGAACCUGCUCCUCCCGGUGGCAGAGGCCUGGAAGCUGGAGGCAGAGAGGGGGGC